UGGAAUGUAAGACUUGCUCAACUGAGCACUGAAGGAGUGUUUAAUUAAAGGUUUGGAUCAUCUGCAUCUCCAUAAGUGCUGCUGAGAUUUAAUUACAGAACACAAACCUGCCAUAGAAACCCAGUUGCUGCUACACAGACACUUGUGCGGAUCUUUUACGCGUUUGGAUUGGGAUUCCACUGCUGUCACAUUUCUAAGGGAUAUAUCACAUUUCUCUACUCUUCCUCCAUCACCAUCAUCAUUAUCACUCGCACCACGACUACGUCUCGUCGUCCGGAGCCCAGGGACAUCCUUUUGCACCACGUUUGCACCAUGAGCCAAGCGGACGUGUCCACAUGCUCUGCGCCACAGCGGGUUUUCCAAGAGGCGGUGCGCCGAGGCAACACCAAGGAGCUGCACUCCCUACUGCAGAACAUGAGCAGCUGUGAGUUCAACGUCAACUCGUUCGGACCUGAGGGCCAGACCGCGCUGCACCAGUCGGUCAUCGAUGGAAACCUGGAGCUCGUCAAGCUGCUGGUGAAGUUCGGGGCGGACAUCCGGCUCGCCAACCGCGAGGGCUGGAGCGCGCUGCACAUCGCCGCCUUCGGGGGACAUCAGGACAUCGUGCUGUACCUCAUCACCAAGGCCAAGUACUCCAACGGUGCGCGGUGAUGCAUCAUGCAUCUCUCUCUCUCUCUCUCUCUCUCUCUCUCUCUCUCUCUCUCUCUCUACUGAACUACAGAGAGACUUAAUUUUAUUUCUGGCCAAAACUACAGACUCUGCGCUUCGUUUUAUUUACCUAAAAACCAAAUUAGCGCCUGGACUGGGCUUCACAUGGAUAAAACACCUUUAACUAACUCCUGAGUGCUCUGACAUGCAUGUUCAUUGGUACUAAAGCUUUUUAAUCGCCCUGAUUGUGUCAGAAACAUCAGACUUCUUUUUGGAUGGAUGGAUGGAUGGAUGGAUGGAUGGAUGGAUGGAUGACCGGUCGCUCCUCAAAGUUACUGAUUUUUUUUUUUUUUUUGUUUUAUAAAAAUUACAAAUCAAAACACACACACGGAUGGCACUUGUGUUAUGCUGGAAAAAAGGGAAUUUAUUUUUUUGGGUCAACACUGUUUCUGAAAUGCCAUGUGGUUAUGUGGUUAUGUUGUUGUUCUUGUUGUUCGUGUUGUUUUUGCAAUCAGUUAAAGCAUUUAAUUAUAAAAGCGUCUGAAUAAUAUUCAAAAAUGUAUCUGAAUAACAGCGUAAAGUGGCGUCAUGUUAAAGUACUGUACACAAUAGCUUUACUUCUAUAUCAGAGUAGUUCUGUGUCCUGCAGUCACCUACAGCACAUGCUAAGGUGUGUGUGCGUGCGUGCGUGUGUGUGUGUGUAAAAAAAAAAAAAGAAAAGAAAAGAAAAAAACUGCUGCUUUACGCUUUUCACGUCAGGAAAGUUGCGUUUGGAAUUUUGACUUUAUCUUCUCAGUAUUUUUUCUUCUCUUUAAUUUUAACAUCCUGGUCAUUACUGUGAAAUACAGGCUGGGUUUUUUAUUUAUGAAGGUACAUGAUGAUGAUGACGAUGAUGAUGGUCAUGAUGAUGCACACACACACACGCAUAUAUAUAGAUAUAAUAUGCGUGUGUGUGUUCUUUUUCUUCUUUCUUUUUCUUCCGUGAUGAUGGUUUGGAGGAAUCUAAGCUGCUUUCUCUCCCCCCCAUCACCCCCCUCCAAAUUGUGUAUAGAUAUAGGUUUUAGUUCUGGAUCCUCGCUGUUUUUCUCCUUCAUGCUUCCACAUCUACCUGUUUGACGUCAUCUGCGUGGCGACACAAAGCAGGAGCAGGAAUGGUCUUUAUCUCCAACUUUAUCUCCUCUAAACCUUCCCACCUUCCCUCUGUGGUGUGUUAUGGAUCUCUGCAUCAGCUACCUCGACUAUAAAGUAUUCAACUUUUUUAACUUUUUAAUGUCUAGUGAUCCGUCUCAUAACCUCCAGCGUUUUCUUUAUAAUCUUCUCCAUUAGAACCUUCAUUUGGGAUCAUUUCCGACAACCAAAAAAUCAAAACCAUAGCGAGUUUUAUUAUUAUUAUUAUUAUUAUUAUUAUUAUUAUUAUUAUUAUUAUUAUUAUUAUUAUUAAGUCAAUCAAACGCUUAACUUUGCGUGUCGCUUGUUUGUUUGUUUAGUUACAGAAGUGGCCCGAAUUAUUAAAUGCAGGGAGAUUUUGUUGCACAUAAAAAAAAUCACAGCCUUUAUUUUAUUUUUUAUUUUAUUUUUAUUUGAGUUGAUUUCACGCCCCCUCGCGCCUGCUCGGGUAACAGCAGGAUCUGAAGCUGCAGAGAGAGACAGAGGGAAAGCGUGAGAGUGAGACAGAGGGACAGAGUGCGAGUGAGACAGAGGGACAGAGUGCGAGUGAGACAGAGGGACAGAGUGCGAGUGAGACAGAGGGACAGAGUGCGAGUGAGACAGAGGGACACAGUGCGAGUGAGACAGAGAGAUCACAAGUGACUACUGAACACCACUCCACUCACAUACUGGUAAAAAGACUGUUGUGUGACUUAUUGCAGGGACAAAACAAUCUUCAGAUUUAAGACAGAUGACACGAGGACCUGCGUUUGUGUUUGUGUUUCAGCCUGAUGUGUUUCAAUGCUGCUUUGAUUUACAUUUUUUUUGUUUUCUUUUUUAAAAGCCAACAGUGAGUGUGAGAGGAGAAACUGUGCAGUUAUAGUGAUCUGUAUGAAGCCUCCUGAAUGUGUGUAUGUGUGUGUGUGUGUGUGUGUGUGUGUGUGUGUGUGUGUGCGUGCUGCAUGCAUACCACUGUUGAACUGGUUCUUGCUUGUCUGGCUACGUUGAUAAGCCCUGGUUAGACUUAAGAACAUUUCUUUAUGUAAAAAUAAAUAAAAUCAAACCUGGAGUAGUGUAACACCAGAGAGUCCGAGGAGAUCCGAAUAAAACCAUGAAAUAUGCAUCGCAUGUCUUAAACUUGAUAACUUUUUUUACUUUUUCUUUUUGGGAAAAAAAAAGUUGCACUGAUGACUGUUCACUUGUUGGCUUUGUGUCAACAUUUUUUUUUUUUUUCUAAAUAGAAAAUAAGAACAUUAGAGAAAAAAAGCUCCAGGUUGUUUUAUUGUCUGUCGUGUAUUUGUGUCUCUAUAUAUGUCUAUGUAUAGAAAUAUAUAAAUAAAUAAAAUCCAGGGCGCUUUCUUUUCUGAAGUGCUCUCCUGAUAUUAGGGGAAGAAAGAAUACAUGUGAUGGUAAGAUCAAUGUUUUUAAAAAAUGAACCAAUGGUUAAAAAUUGCACGGUGUUGUGGUUGUUUUGGCUCUAAUUUUUGUCAUAACAUUUAUGACACAGAGAGCUGAAGUGACUCGUCUGAGGUGAAAGUGAACUGAAUUUGAAUGAAUAGAUUUUGUUUUCUUUCUUUUUUUGUGGACCAAGUUGUUGUGUCUCGUGAACAAAUUGUGAGUGAUUUUAUUUUAUUUGUGUGUGUGUGUGUGUGUGUGUGUGUGUUGGACAUUUGUAACACUGUGAUUUGUCGUGUGCUCAGAUAACGGAGUGCUGUAAUAUGUUUUGUACGUUUGUGUACAAGCCAGUAAAGAAAAAAUGAUUAAACCUUUAAAAAA